AUGGCUGUUUUCCACUGGCUGUGGGUCACAGCCGUAGUCAACGCCCGUUUCCGCGUGUCCAUCUCUGCCUACGCCAUCGAUGAGCACACGGUCUUGGACCUCAGCGAAUGUCCUGCACCCGCAUAUAGCCACGGUCCUUCCCGUCAAAUUGAAGGCGCGCGCGUACAGCAAGUCGCGAACGACUGUGGCGGCCAAUCUGACACCUCGGUCGCAUCCCACGCUCAUAUCUCUAGGAAAACCGUCCGCGUCAUUGACGACACGAACGCCGAUUCCGAAGCUGACUGGAACGCCAGUGCCGACUCCUCGUACCGCAAACGAAAGUCGGUGCCUUUCGUAGACCUGCGCGCUGUGACAGAGAAACGCAAGGCAUCCACGAAAAAAAGGUCGCGGCGCAUGAAGGUCGCGCUGUGCGCAUCCGGAAAGCCGAGCAAUCAGGUGGUAUCACCUCGGACGCAUGAAAACCUGCAGAUGCCAACUGGUGUUCUUGUCUCUGUGCCUGGGCCUCGACCUUCGCAGGCUCUCUCGGUCGCUGCUGCCCUAGAGUCUCUCAGCUACGUCUCCGUUCAGCGCACGACACAGUUCAUCCCUGGGGCGAUCUACGAAGGCAAAGAGUUCCGGUGCUUCUACGUGCGAUGA